AUGCAUCAAGCCGAACUCUCACUCAAGGAUCUUGCAUUGCAUAUCGGAGAAAUUGGUAACCUUCUAUCUCAUGUAGACCUCAGACAAAUCGCAACACAACCAAAAUCAAGACAUAGACAAAUGCUUAGUAUAUUCUUUGAUUUCCCAGAUAUGUCUCAAGCAGUAGCUGAAUGUUUAAGGCAGGAGUCCUACGCUUACGUAUAUCUAUUAGUGAGGCUGCUGUUUGAGAUAUUGCUGUAUACCAGGUCUAACCCAGUAAGAUCAUUUUGUUUCUUUCAAAUGAUGAGAAACGCACACGUAUUAAAAGUACUAUUCGGCAUGGUAACACGCGAAGUAUCACUCAAAGGUGUCAUGGGUUAUGAAACAGCAGAUGAUGAUAAUUAUGUGGUAGAUGCUCUAAGCACAGUAGGACAGUUACCGAGACAUUUCAUGUUCAAUGUCAUGGACCACAUACUGAAACAGAUGUUAAUAUCACGGGAUAUUAACCUCAGGAUAGCUGGAAUAGAGGUGCUGAGGCUAUGUCCACACUUAGUAGCCUGUAACCCGCAGCUUUUAAACGAACUCAAAGUCGCACUUAUAGGACCUGAAACAGAAUGCUCUAGUAAAGCAGCAUCCUCAUUAUACACCAUAAUGGAAUACCUGCCCGAGAGCAUUGGGGAAAUAUUACUCCAAAGCUGCCAUGACCAUGCGAUAUCGGUGGAAUUUGAUCCACAACGCAUACAAUCGUUUUGCCAUAUGGCAUUGGGGUGCCGUGAUACACCGCUAUACAGAUUAGCGUAUCGUAUGUGCUGGAAUAUAUGGCUACAUAUCGAUAAUCUGCGUAGCAAACCAAUGCCGGAGUCACUAAUAGUUCGGGAGGCGGAACUCUACCUCUUGGCCACCAGUACUAUACUGUGUGCCGAGUGUCCGGACCUUUUGUCACGGCAAAAAAUAAGGCUGGAAGCGCUUAUAUAUGACCAUAGAGAUCGAGGAACCAAUAUGGAAGUGGCAUUCUGUUUGACCGUGCUUUUCAAGAGAAGAGCAACAAUGAAAGAGGUUGUAGCUUUGAUGAAAGCACCUAAUAUACAAUUAAAUUUAAUGAAGGAGUUUAAUACUAUCAUAUUCUGGAAAUAUCUCAGGCAGUUUAGAGAAAAUAUCAACUCAAUAUCGUUACAAAAUGCUAUAUUAGCAUUCGAGACAGUCGUUAAAGAAGAUGCCGCCAAAGUAACAUUGUUGUGUCAUAUCAAAGAGGCGUUCAAAUUACUAAAAUCAAGCUAUACAGAACACUUGUUGCGUAUAUUGCGAGCUAUAAUAGUUCCGUUUGCAAAGCUCACCGGCAACCUCAAAUACCUGCAGAUAAUGGUUCUGCGUACACUCGCAAAUAUUGUCAAAAUGUGCUAUGUAGUAGAGAUGCAAAAGUUCGCAAGAGCGGUACCCGAAAUUAAGCAAAUUGUUAAAGAUACAGAUAUCAAAUAUAUAUUCAAACCGAUCUUGUCUGCAGAUGAUUUUAAAGUAGUCGACGAUUCUUUAACUGCAAGACGGGUCAACCUAUGGGUAGGGACACUGUAUGACCUGUGUAACUUUAAACCACCAAAAAUACACAACUACAUCGGAACACAAGUUACACUCAACUUCCUCACUGGCACGGUCAUGUAUAAAUACAACCCAGGGACGGUAAGGAUAUCAGCAGUCACCAAAAAGGAUAGAUUCAAUGCAACAGUGCUACAUAAUCAUGUGAACAAACUGAUAGCUGAUGGAUACAGUCGUAUCAAAAAAGGAAGAGCUAUAAAGCAGGUAAUACACUUGUCCCUGCGUCUGGGUCUAUAUACCGAGGCGGCAAAAUACUUGAAACGCCUGGAAUUAUACACAACCGAUACACUCCUAUGGUUCAAUGCUCUAUACUACUAUGCAAUCGCGGAAACUGAACCUGAUUUGCAUAAAUCGGUACAAUGCCGUGUACAGGGACUGGACUCUUUGGAUGCUUACAGCUAUCAGUGCACGCUCUGGAUGCUCAAUAGUGUAACCAACGAUGUUAUGGCACCUCAGCUAAAUUACAUGUUACCGGAAAUGGUUACGUAUACAUGGUGUUCGCUGAAAUUGAUCUUCCAGGUGGCAGUAGGCCACCUGCACCAAAUGGCUCAGAAUAACCUUGAGAACAAAGAGAUGCUCGCUCCUGUAUUCGCAGGACUUUUUGGCCAUUUCAAGUCACUAAAAUGGUGUUUCAAAGGAACGUGCACUGAAACGGUUGACACACUACAGGUAUAUGAAGGAUUGUGCAUAUUGCUAUAUGCUAUAUGUCAUACGCCAAACCCAGAUACCCUAACGUCACAAAACCAAGAUUGCGUCUUUAUAAAUCCAGAUGAAGCACUACAAAAAUAUAUUAUCGAUAUGUUCGAAGGCGGGGAGAUACAUAUCCCACGAACUUUCGCAAUUAUCAAUCUGCUAGAUCCGGCAAUAAGGACAAGGUUAUACACGGCACCUGCCCUAUUGGCAGCUCGCAAUAUACUCAUUGGAGCUACACAAAAAGCAAAACCGGACCCCAACAGCAGUGGUUUACCACCGACUGACCCUGAUAAGAUACCUACGUAUGUAGCAGAGAUGUCUUUGGAAAACCUUCUUAAAGAGUUUGUGCUCUUCUCUCGAAUAAGGACUAACAAGGAGAAAUACAAUACAAAGAAACCAAUUACAGAUCCUAAAGAUGGUAGUGGAGCCAGCUUACAAAGCGAAAUACUGUUCUCAUACAUGUCAAGAGAUUUAGAUGAACUGAACGCUCUGAUACCGCUUGUAAAAGUCUGCGAAACACAGAGAAGGAACCCUGCUACAGUUAAGGACCUUGCCAACCGGAUAUCUACACUCAAGUUACCGAUGCCCGAAGGAUUGAUUCAAACGUUUCCGCUACCAUUCGCAUCCCUUACCGCCGUGGUGGAAUACGAGUGUGCGCGUAAAGUAACGUGGAUUAAGGUGAAAUUGGAAGUUAUAGACGCUACAAGCGGAAUCUCUGUGAUAUUCCGUCGCAAUUUCAAGAUGCAUCAUGGAGUUAUAGAUAAACAUGUACACGUCUAUCUGCCGUUACGACAAAUCGACAAGUUCAACUUCAGCUGCCUGCCGCUAGACAACGACAAGUACCCAUGCGGAUUGCCCACGUUCUUCCGGCCAACAUUGCGUGAAAAAUGGGCAAACUUUUAA